AUGGCUGCCCGGACACUGGAGCAUUGGGCGGACGCGAUUUCAACCCCGCGGGAGUUUGGGCAACUCACGACAACGGCUGUCCGCCCCUGCCUGGAAAAAUUCGUAGGCAGGAGGGUGCGCGUACUGACAUUCCAGCUGGUGCAGGUGAUGUCCGGACACGGCUGUUUCGGUCAUUACCUGCAAUGGAUAAAGAAGGAGCCCAUCACCGGGUGCCACCACUGCCCGGAGCCGAAUAGCACCGUGCAUCACACCCUGGCCGAAUGCCCAGCAUGGGUCAGGGAGCGCGGUGUCCUGGCCCGGGCAGUGGGGUGCGGGGAGGACGAGUUGUCGCUCCCGCGCAUGGCAAGAGCCAUGUGCGGGAGCGAGGAGGUAUGGGGAGAAGCGGUCUCCUUCUGCCGCAGCGUGCUGUUGCGGAAGGAGGCCGCCGAAUGGGAGCGUCACCCCGUACUCACCAAAGCAGCCAUGCCCGGUGAGUACCUGUGUCAUACUAAAUGUUAG